AUGCGCAUUUGACGUAGCAACGGUGUAAAUUCAAGAUGGAUGGUGAGGGCGAUAAAUCUUCGCCAAAACCCGAUGAAACAGGUGCAGAUUUAUGGAAGGCCAAAAAAUCUAAAAAUCUGAAGCAUGCAACAUCUCAUUUACGUGCUGAGGCUUUACGUCGAUAUCGAAUAAAACAUGAAGAUGAUCCUGAAUAUGAACCACCUCAGACUGCAAAGGGAGAUAAAUCAGUAAUUAAAGAGGGUGACAAUUCUAAAGCAGGUGAAAGCAUUAGUAUGGCUCCUAUCCUGUCUCCUGUCAGUCAACAAUCUGGAGGAAACACUGCAAAGGAUAGAAGGGAGACUUUUUCCAGGGAGAAAGUUUUGCCACCAAUUCAACCAGAUGAUUAUUUAUCUGAUGAAGGCACUUUUAAUACUAGACAAGACAAAACCUAUACAGGAGAUGUAGAUCCGAAUGUUGGCCAUAAUGAGCUGCAAACCUCUGUUGGUCAAGUUGAUACAUUUGAAGCUAAAGCGAAAACCAAACCACCUUCUGUUCAGAAGGAGAAACAAUCUUAUUUAGAUAAGGAUCUCUUAGAUAAAACUGAAAAACCUAAGGAUGAAGAAAAUGUAACUAGCAAAGACAAGGAGCAUCAGAAUGGUAGUCAAGUUGUUCCAACAGCAUCAGAAAGUUUGUUGCGAAAGGAAAGGAUAAUUGUAUACGAAGGAAAUAGCGGUAGCCUUGAUAACAAGGAAUCAGUCAGUAAUUUGGAGAAAACUGAACCUAGGCUUGAACAACCGGAAAAAGAAAAUCAUGAAAAUGAGUCAAAUAUAGCUAAAGAUGUAUCUACUAAAUUAGAUACUAAAAAUGAUGAAAGGAGGUCUACCAACAAAGGUUUAAUCAGUAUUGGUUUGCAGGACACUCAACAAAGAACAAACAAGACAGAAAUUGAUAAUCAAAAUUUUGAGGAAAGAAAUAUUUAUAAAGAUGACAUUAGGAAACAACAAAUGCCAACAGAAGAAUGGAGAGAAUCUGCAACAGAGAUGAAAGCAGACAAGAGGAGUAUAGAAGGACCACAGGAUCAGGAAAUAUUAACCUUUGAUAUAGACAGGCCAUUUAUACAAGAGGCUGAGCCACAAAAAGAGACAUCAGAUACAAAUGGCACUACAGAGGAGGCAAAGACAGAGCAACCUACAGAAAGUAAACCACAAACUGAAGGAGACCAGAUAAAACAGGAAGAGAAACCAGUUGAAGAAUCAAUAGCAAAGGAUUCAGAAAGCCAGGAACAGGAAGUAAAACCUACAGAAGGGGAGACUACUGCUCCAACUGAGCAAACUAAAGAUGAAACCCUAGAAACUAAACCUGAUGAAGGAACAACAGCUGAAGGAAAAGCUCCAGAGGUUCAGAAGCAAGAGGAGACAACCCAAGAAACUCAACAAGAAGGAGAGAAAAAGGAAGCAGAAAAGUCUGAAGCAAAGGAGGAAGUAAAAACUGACGAAGGAGAAAAGAAAGAGGGCGCAGAAGGUGAGAAAAAGGAAGCUGAAGGAGAGAAAAAAGAAGAUGAAGGAGCAAAAAAAGAUGAAGGAGAGAAAAAAGAAGAUGAAGGAGUGAAAAAAGAAGAUGAGGGACAAAAGAAAGAAGAGGAAGGACAGAAGAAAGAAGAAGAAGGACAAAAGAUAGAAGAGGAAGAACAAAAGAAAGAAGAGGAAGGACAAAAGAAGGAAGAGGAAGGACAAAAGAAAGAAGAUAGAGAAGGAGAGAAGAAGGGUGAAGAUGAAGAAGGAAAGGAAGAUGGAGAUGACAAAAAAGAUAAGGAUGGCGAGGCUGAUACAAACCAAAGUGCUAAAGAGGGUGUUGAAGAGGAAAAAGAGACUGAUGAAAGUGAACAUAAGAAAGAAAAGAAAAAAGACACAGAAAAAACCAUUGCAGAUGAUUUCUUUUAUGAUUAUGAAACCUUUGUAUCUAAGGCCACUGUAUCUGAAGGAUCAGGACUUCCACAAGACAUGCUUAGUUUACAAUAUUCAUUUGGUUAUGACUGUACCAAACGUAACAACCUACACUUAUUAGAUGAUCACACUGUCUGUUUUGCUGCUGGUAACCUUGUUCAGAUAUUAGAUUUGAUUACAAAGGAACAGAAAUAUUUGCGUAGUACCAGUGGUGGUGGUAUUGGUGCCAUUACGGUUCAUCCAAGUCAGAAAUACUUUGCUGUUGGAGAGAAAGGCCACACACCAAAUAUUAACAUAUUUGAGUACCCUUCAUUGAAAUUGUACAGAAUACUCAGAGGUGGAACAGAAAAAUCAUAUGCCUCUCUAAAUUUUAGUCCUGAUGGUAACCUUUUAGCAUCACAAGGUGGAGAUCCAGAUUUCAUGUUAACCUUAUGGGAAUGGAAAAAAGAGCAGACAGUUCUUAGAUACAAAGCUUUCUCUCAGGAUGUCUUCAGAGUAACAUUCUCUGCAGACCUAGAGGGUCAGCUGACUACUGCUGGAACAUCUCAUAUCAGGUUCUGGAAGAUGGCCGACACCUUUACUGGUCUCAAACUGCAAGGACAGUUAGGAAAGUUUGGUAGGACAGAAAUAACUGACAUUGAAGGUUAUGUUGAACUGCCUGAUGGGAAGGUAUUGUCUGGUGCAGAAUGGGGUAACAUGUUACUGUGGGAAGGUGGUCUGAUUAAGGUAGAGAUUACCAGGAAAGGAAAGAAGUCCUGUCACCAAGGUCCUAUAGAACAGAUAUUGCUGGAUGAAGGGGAGUUAAUUACUGUUGGCAGUGAUGGUUACAUUAGGGUUUGGGAUUUUGAGAGUAUUGACACAGCUGAUACUACUGAUGACUCAGCUACUUUUGAAAUGGAACCAAUGAAUGAACUGAAAGUAGGAAAUGAUGUAAAUCUCAAAUCAAUAAUAAAAUGUACAGAUGCAGAAAAUGAGAUCACAGUUUGGUAUGCACAGGAUGCUAAUGGUGGAAUCUGGAAGUUAGAUUUAUCAUUCUCCCAUACAUCAUCUGCUCCAGAGAAAAUGUUCACUUAUCAUGCUGGUGCUAUUUUAGGCUGUGACAUUUCACCUGAGAGUCACUUGGUUGCCUCGACUGGUGUUGAUCAAACCGUGAGAUUGUUUGAUUAUGUGCAAAGAAAACAGAUUUGUGAAAAGAAGUAUGCCUCUAAGGGUUCAGCAUUGUUAUGGGCACCUAAACUUGUAGAUACUAAAUGUGCUACAGUGAUUGCUGGAUUCCAGGAUGGCGUAGUCAGAGUUCUGGCCAUCAAACAAUUGGAUGAGGAAUCUUUACAUAGUAAACGACAUAAAAACUCUGUUGAACUUGACAUCAUACAGGCUUUCAAACCUCACAGCAAAUCUGUUGUAUCUAUAGCAACCGAUCAUGCUGGAGAAAUUCUAGCAACGGGGGGAGAGGACAGUACAGUUUUCUUUAUGAAUAUCAAUGGUUUGUCAUAUGAACCUAUAGGAUUUGUACAAGUGCCAGCACCUGUGAGGAAAGUCCAAUGGUCACCUGGUAGAUUUAAAAGGUCAACAUUAUUGGUAUUUUGUGAAGAAGGUUAUGUGGUAGAAAUUGAUUCACCAGAGGGAGCCAAGUUUGACACUUCCCAUACAUAUCACAUAACAGGCUUGCCCAUGAAACAGUACCAGUUUAAAAGUAUAAAAUCUAAAGUUCGACAUGAAGAAGAACUAGAAAAAAAGAGAAUAGAAGAAGCUGCAAGGAAGAAAAAAGAGGAAGAUGACAGAAGAAGAAGGAUUGAGAGAGGAUUAGAAACAGAAUCUGAGCAAGGAGAUGAACCGGAGGGAAAGAAAGAACCAGAGCCUGAAUGGCACCCUUAUAUCCCAGAGAAUGCAAGUCCUAUAUUAACUGGAUAUUACAGCGAUGAAGGCAAAUUCUGGCUAUCUAUGGGAGAGUUUGAUGCUGGUUACUUGUAUGAGUGUAAAUUUUUAAAUGAAGCAGAGAAGGCAGGGUUACCAGAAGAAGUACAUGACGAGCCUAUCAGAUAUGUCCCAGUGUUAGAAUCAAAUGAUGUUCCUAUACAUAAUAUUACAUUUAGUAAUAAUGGUAAACAAGUAUUAUUUGGUAUGGAGGAUGGAGCUAUCAGAAUACAUAGUGUAGAUGUAGAGUUUGAUAUAUCAACACUUAAUUUCUUCUGGCAACUCAAUAUCCAUGACAAUAAUUAUGGUCACCUGACUGGUCUAAAACUAGGUUACGAUGCAUUAAGUCUGAUAUCAGUAGGUGCUGAUGGAAACUUCUUCAUGUACAACGUGAUGACACAAGAAAACCUGGACAAGAAAAUAGCAGAAGCAAAAGCUAAACUACCAUCAGCAAAGAAGAAAGAUGAUGACAAAGUUGGAGAUGAUAUUGAUGAUCCUUCAGCUUACAGUAUUGAAGAUGCCAAACAGAAAGCUGAGUAUGACAAAAUGAUGAAACUGGCCGAGGAGAAGAAAAGGGAAGUUAGAAGACAGAUUUCUAAGUUUCGAAGACAGUUCAAAGGACUGUUAGAGAAAAACGAAGGUUUGCCAAUGAACAUACAACUCAAGAAGGAGGAAUUUGAAAUGGACAGAGAAAUUAAGGAAGAAUUGCAAAAACAGAGAGAUGAAAGGAUAGAAAUUGUAAGGAAGGAAUUAGCUUGGGAAUCAGAGAAACAAAGAAUUGCACUAGAAAAACUCAGGAAAAGAUACAAAGAUGUAGUUGAAUGUGAGAGAAUAGUUGUCAAAGCUUUUGAAACCAGUCACGAAGUUGCUAGUUUUAGAGCAGCCAAAUUAUCAGAUGAUUUCUAUCAUAUGAAGGCUGAGUUUGAGAGGAGGAAAACUAACAUGACUAGAGAGGACCUGACAAGAGACCCUACUAGAGAAUUAAUGACAGGUCAGACAAGACUGACUGAGAUGGGAACUGAUGCAGGAGGUAAACAGGAUGAUGCCACAGCCAAAGUGACCACUACUACCACACUGAAAGGUAGCAUGGGUGAACGUAUAUCAAAAGCACUGGGCAAAGUAGAGGAAAAGAAGAAAAAGAGAGCACAAAGAAGGGCUCAGUGGGAUGAUUUAUACAGUACAAAACCAGAAGAUGAUUUUGAAGAUCCCAACGAUGUGGCUUCUAUCAAAGAAGCUAAAGAUAACAUGGGCUAUUUCAAUCUGAAGACAGCCAAGGAUUAUAUUGUACCAGAUCAUCUGAGAAUGAAUGUAGAAAAAGCUAGAGGAAGAUUACUUGUGCUGAAAGAUCUGAUUCAUGAAUAUAAAUAUAACUUCAAUCUCAAACUACUAUCAUUAAGAGACAAAAAGAUACAAAUUAUUGAAGAAAUCAAAGAUGUUGUAUGCAAUUUAAAAGAAGUACGUCAAAAGUUAGAUGAUUCAAAUCGUAAAACAAUCCCACCAGUACCAGAGAUGCAAUUAUGUGAAAUGCCUGAAAAAAAAUUAGAAUAUACAAGGGAAACAUUGAUAAAGUUCAAGAAGGAGUAUGAACAACAACAAAAAGCAUCAAAAGGAUCCUCAACCGGAGGCUUCGGUGGCUUUGGUGGCUUUGGUGGUGAAACUAAGGCUGUCUCACCAACUCCAGCAAGACUUGCGAGUGAAACCAAAGCUAAAACAGAAUCGGCAUCUAGUGAAGUAUUAGAAGAUGUCGAGUUAACUCCUUUGGAAAUAGAACUUAAACAAGCUGAGGACAUUAAAAUGUUGUAUGAACAAGACAGAUUAUUAAACAGAAUUAAUGAAUUAGUGCAAAACUUUGAUGCAGAACUCAGAAUUCUCAGACAUGAAAAAUUCAAAUUGGAUAUUGUCAUGAAAAACGCCGAUCUAAGACAGGUGACUUUGUUUGAGGAGUUAGUAUUACUGAAAGAGUUUGAGAAGAGGGAGGACGUGUUGGCAGAAAAAGUCACUAAUAAAGCCCAGGAGAAAAUUGAUAUGCAGAAUAAGAUUGUAGAAAUAACAAAUAAGAUAGAAAUGAAAAAGAAGGAAAUAGAGAAGAUGGGAGAAAAAGACAGAGCACUACAAGCACAGUUCUUAGUUUUACUAGGAGAUAAAAAUCAGUGGGCGGAAUAUCUUACAAAAGUUUAUAAGAAAAAGAUUAAAAGGGCAAAGAAAAAAGUGUCAGAGGAUGAUGAAAGUGAGGAGAGUGAUGAUGAUUCAGAUGAUGAUUCUGAAUGGGAUGAGGAUGAAGACGAAUCUGAUGAUGAUGCUGGAGGUUAUGACCUUGACAUUUGCCCUCCAGGCUGUGAUCAAACAUUAUAUGACAAUACAUGUGCCAUGAGAGAAAAGAGACUGGACAUAGAGGAAGCCUUAGUAGAGGAGAAGAAAAAUAAUGAAACUUUAAAGAAAGAAUUAGAAAGUAUGAAUAAAAAGUUAAAGGUCAUCAUAGGAGCAUUGAAGACAGCUCAGAAUGAUUUAGAAGCCUUCCAGUUAGAGAAACAGCAAAAGUUGAACGAGUUAGACGUGGUUGUGACCCUCAAACUUCACCAAAUACAGUAUAUGAUUAAUGCAGUAUUGCCACAGGACUUGUCACAAACCUUAGUAUUUGAAUCCAAUGGUGUCAACAGAUUACAACACAGAAUCAAAGAAUUAGAACAUGAAAAACAGUUACAGAAAAAACAAAUGAAGGAAGCAAGAAAAACCCAUGUUACAUUAAUCAAAGACAGAAAAGUAUUUGAUGCCAAGAUAAGAGAGAUGGAAGAACAGACAAAUGAAAUGAUGAUUGCUAAAUUUGGUCAACAUGUGGAUAUUGAGAAAUUAGAGACAAUUACAGUCAAUAGAGCAAUAGAGGAACUAAAGGAGAAACUUAGAAUGACUGAAAUACAAUGUUCUGAAGAAGUGUCAGAAUGGGACGAGAAAAUAAAAGAUAAAAAGAAUAAAAUAACAUUAUUGAUAAGAGAUAAUACAAACAGAUUGGAUCAGCUUAAUCUUCUUAUGAAUGAACAAAAACAGUUUGAGAAAUCAUUGGAUUCUAGACAGAAAAAUCUGGGUGAAGAAUAUUCUGGUAUUCGUAAAGCAGAUGUCCAUGAGAAACAGAGACUGAUACAGUUAGUACAGCUACAAGCACAGGAGAUUGAUGCCUUGAAGGAAGAGAUAAUGUUAUUGUCACGAAAAGGUGGCCACAUACUGCCACCUGCUCAGCCACCAUUACCACAAACACCACCUAAUCUCAGAACAAUCAGCAAUUAACUAUUGUUAAUAAUAUAACAAAACAUUCCGUAAUGAUUGUGUUAAUGCUUAUAAAUAGGACUCUUAAAAAAAGUAUAUUUGGUUGUGAUAUCAAACAGUGGAGCUAAUCAUAAAACUAUUAUUCAUUUCCUAAUUUUUGCAGAGAUGAUAAAUUGAUUUGAAUCCUCAAAUUGAUUUCAGUGAACUUUCAACAAAAGCGUAAAAGAAUAUCUUUUGUCAUACAAGUAUUUGAUGAUGGUUAUAGUAAUUUAUCUUUCGUUUUUGUUUCAUACUUUCAAAUAAUUUUGUUUUUAAAUGAAAGCAUUUAUUUAUUUUCAUAUUUGUAAAUGAUUUAUGUUAAACCAAUUCCGUCCUUUCUAUAUAAUAAUGAUCUGUGAUAUUGACUUUUAUCAGUAAAUAAAAAUUGAAGGUUAUUUGUUAACAUUCAAACAGCUGUU